CAUGGUGUAUUUGGGUGUUAAUGACACAAAUGAUUUACCUGAGGGUAUAGAGGUCGAUGCCUUUCCACAUGAAAGUUUUGCAAACAAGGCAGGUGAUGACAUCAUGCUACUAAAGCUUAAAACCCCAGCAACUCUGAACAAGACUGUGAAUAUCAUUGACCUGCCAGAAACUAAUAGAGAGAAAAUCUCAAGUAACUGCAUGGCCAUGGGUUGGGGCUUGGAGGAAUACGAUAAGACGACUCCAUCAAGCGUCCUGAGAGAAGUGAACUUGACUCUUUUAGACUCUGAAAAUUGUGCCACACCUCACACUUUAUGCACUAAGGAAGACGCCGGGCCAGCACAGGGAGACUCUGGCGGUCCACUUAUUUGUGGAAAUGUCCCACAGGGCAUUGUGUCUUACUACACAAUGGACAUGUCUACAAGAUACCUUACAAUGUAUACUAACGUUUCUCAUUAUCUUCCAUGGAUUCAUAAAAUCAUGAAUGCAACUCUUUAAAGCAUCACAAAACAUGGAAGGCAAAGCUGAAUAAACUCAACAUGUUUGAUAUUAAAGCAUGUCUGAUUUAUGAAAGCUCUUUAUUUGAAUUUUUAUGUACUAGAUUGAA